CGGUGGCUGAUAGGAACUGUCUAUAGGCAUUAACAAGUACGGUCGUUCCCUUGAGCCACCGCCUCAUAUGUCAAUUUAGCUUGAACGGAUAGUAUAAAGAGUUACCAUAAGGAAUACGAGCGACUAUGGAAAUAACUAUCAGAAAUCGGUAGUUUCCUCUGGCAGUUAUCGUUGUUGGCUCACAGUUCUCGUUCUCUGGCAUUUAUCGGGCUACCAUUACAGAUUGCAGAACUAAAGCAAUGGACCACGAGCCAGCUUCGUGGAUAAAAAAAGAGGAAAUGGAUGAAGUAAAACCAGAGUUACACUUCAUAGCCCAAGUUUACCCAUUCAGCAUGAAUGUAAAAGAAGAGUUGGAGGAGGGUGUAAAUAAAGAGUCCAUUGAAGAUCCAUUGGGAAUAUCAUGGUCCACUGAAUUUAUCAAGGAGGAUCCUGAAUUGAAUUUGGAACUGAGUGUAGCUGAGAAUAUUGUGGAAACCUCAACAAGAUACUCAUCUGAUAGUGCAAGAUUGACUCAGUGUACUGGUGGGAGCAGUGGCAUAUCAUGUGAAGAAACUUUUCACGAUAGACUGGUCCACGAUGAGUUGUUGAUUCACAUGGAGAAGUCAACACAAGAGUUUGGUACCAAUACAGAAGAUAUGACUGUUGAUAAGAACUGCUCAGUUGCCACACGAUAUAACUGUAGUAUGUGGGAAAAGGAAUUGCAUGUAUAUAGCUGUAAUUUCUGCCAACAGAGCUUUCCUUCAAAAUACAGAUUGAUAAAGCAUGUGUUUAUUCACAUUGAUGGUAUGCAACCACCUUUAUAUGUUUGUAAGUGGUGUGGUGAGGUAUUUCACAGUAAUGUUAGUUUGAAAAAACAUUUAAGAAUGAGUAAGAAUUACCAUUUCUCAACUGCUGGCAACCAUGAAAAAAAUGGCUCUAGCUUCUCGGAUAGUGAGCCAGAAGUUUCUGUCGCAGAACUCAACAAGCUGAAUUCAUACAAAGAAACAUGGAAAGCUGCUAACAAGUUUGCUAAUGACAUAGAUAACACACUUAUGACAAAUGAUACAAAGGAGACGAAGCAUUAUGGAACUUUAUCUACAACUGUUAAUAUCAGUUUCCAGAGUAAUCUACUUACUGCAAACAGAACCCACAAAUGUGAUAUUUGUGGCAAAUCUUUUGCUGGUGCAGGCAAUCUCAAGAAACAUGGAUUAAUUCACACUGGAAAGAAACCUCACAAAUGUGAGAGUUGUGGGAAAUCUUUUGCUUUCCCAAGCGAUCUCAAGCAACAUGUAUUAUUUCACACUGGAAAGAAAUCUCACAAAUGCGAUAUUUGUGGAAAAUCUUUUGUUGUCUCAAGCGAUCUUAAGAAACACUUAUUAAUUCACACUGGAAAGAAACCUCAUAAAUGUGAGAUUUGUGGAAAAUCUUUUGUUUUGUCAAGCGGACUCAAAACACACAAAUUACUUCACACUGGAAAGAAACCUUAUAAAUGUGAGAUUUGUGGACAAUCUUUUGCUGGUGCAAGCAAUCUCAAGAAACACCGAUUAAUUCACACUGGAGAAAAACCCCACAAAUGUGACAUUUGUGACAAAUCGUUUACCCGGUCAGCUAAUCUCAAGGCACACACAUUAAUUCACACUGGAAAGAAACCCCACGAAUGCGAUAUUUGUGGGAAAUAUUUUGCCCAGUCAGCUUAUCUCAAGCAACAUGCUUUUAUUCACACUGGAAAGAAACCUCAUAAAUGUGAGAUUUGUGGGAAAUCUUUUGUUUUGUCAAGUGGACUCAAAACACACAAAUUACUUCACACUGGAAAGAAACCUCAUAAAUGUGAGAUUUGUGGACAAUCUUUUGCUGUUGCAGGCAGUCUCAAGAAACAUGGAUUAAUUCACACUGGAGAAAAACCUCACAAAUGUGGGAUUUGUGACAAAUCGUUUACCCAGUCAGCUAAUCUCAAGGCACACACAUUAAUUCACAGUGGAAAGAAACCCCACAAAUGCGAUGUUUGUGGAAAAUCUUUUGCCCAGUCAGCUUAUCUCAAGAAACAUGUAUUUAUUCACACUGGAAAGAAACUUAAAUAUGAGAUUUAUGGGUAAUCUUUUGCUUUCUCAACUGUUCUCGAGAAACAUAUCACUUCACACUGGAAAGAAACCUCGUGAAUGUGAGAUUUGUGGGCAAUCUCAAUCCCGCAAAUUAACUCGCACUGGAAAUAUACCUAACAAAUGUGAAAUUUGUGACAAAUCGUUUGCUCAGUUAGGUUACCUCAAUAAACAUCCAUUAAUUCACAGUGGAAAGAAACAUCAGAAAUUUGAUAUUUGUGGGAAAUCUUUUGUUCAAGACACAUCAUUCAUACACACUGGGAAAAGACCUCACAAAAGUGAUGAAGUGAUCUUUCUUAGAUCAGCCAAUCUCAAGGCAGAUGUAUUAGAACACACAUGGAAGGGGACCUCACAAAUGUGAUAUGUGACAAAAGUUUCACUCAGUUGAGCCCUUGCGAGACACAUGCAUUACUUCAAAUCAGAAAGAAACUACAAGCAAGUGGUAGUUUACGUAACUAGGUUUUCCUGGUUGGUGCCCUCAAGGCCUGUAAAAUAAUGGAUAAAGCAAGGGGACAAUAAAUUAUAAUGCCUGUGAAAUAACAUAAAAAUGUGGUAUAAUUGUGAAACAGUUACAAUAAUGUGUACUAUAGAUUGGUAACAGAUCAUGUGAUGAUAUAAAAAUCCAUAUCUGCAGCUUGAGACAUCAAGAAAUUGUAUUACUAAAUACUCCAGGAAUAGGAAUCAAAUUUAUAUUUGUCAUUAACACUUCUGUUCUUUUCCUAUCAGUCUCGAGACAGGAAGAUUCUGUAUUGUGAUAAAUCCAUAUGUUUGUCAGUAAUCAUAAGUGCCGUGCAAUAUUCAGUAUAAGGCCAAGGAUGUGUGAUGACUUGCAUAGUCAUCAUGUAAUACUUGUAACUCUGUAUUUUAGGAACAGUGACAGUAAAAAUAUAUUGAUGGCACUUCCUUCUUCCAUGCUAGUACACUCAACACUGCAGAAACAUGGUUAUAAGAGUUAUUUUACUCAGAUAUAUUUUCUCAAGAGACGUCUUUAAUAGUGUGUACAUAUAUGUUCUGUUAGUACUAAUCCUGUAUCAGUAAACGUAACAACACAUAUAAAACGUGCUUAAUAGCAUGCUUGUCCACCUUUGGAACACAAUACUUCGACAGUUCUACAUGAUAUGGACUUAACAUGUCAUUUAUGUGUUACGGGAUGUAUGUUAUACCAUUUGCAUUCCACAUGUUCAGAUCAGCUACAUGGUGUGGUCAAGAUGUGUUAGGUACCAUGCUACUCAGACCACCGUGGAGGCGUUCUGAACAUGUGAUAUGGACAGUUAUCCUCCUGGAAGAUGCCUUCGCCAUGGGAUAUCACAUCAAGGCAUGAAGGAAUCUAUGCAGUAGCUACAGAGGUCACAGUCGGCAACUGUCAUGAUCCCUUCA